CUAGACCAGUCGCAGCCAUUUUACUCCGCGAAAUAAACUUCAAUCUCAUAGCUGGAGGAAAAAAAGAAAAUACAGCAGAUAGUCCCGCUGACGUUAAUUGACAUUUCGUUGUGAAGCAGAGCUCGGACGGAUUCGGGUUUCAAGUCUUCGCAAAACGGUUUGACUCCAUGGCUUAGUGUAAUUCUGCACAGCAGCUAUCCCACACAUCUCUGUCCUCCGUUGAUUGCUGUCCUCUGCACCUACCGGUAGCAGGGAGACAUAAAGGUACGGUGACCCAUACCCCUGUUGCUUUUGCCCGGGACCCUCCCCAACCCCCUCCUGAAGCAGGAUGGAACCCCAGGCUUCUCAGUGGCAGCUCGGAGCCGAGGGGGAUUGUGGGAUGUCGAACCUGCUGGUGCCCAGUCCCCAGAGCGAGGCGGUGACCCAUGAGAUGGAGGAGCUGUCACUGCAGCCAACGCAGAGUCUGCCUCCACUCAGUGAACGCAAAAAUGUCCUGCAGUUGAGGCUUCAGCAAAGGCGAACCCGGGAGCAGCUGGUGGACCAGGGCAUCAUGCCACCUCUCAAGAGCCCAGCUGCGUUCCAUGGGCAGAUUCGCAGCUUGGAGAGAGCCAGGACUGAGAAUUUCCUGAAGCACAAGAUCCGCAGCCGUCCAGAGAGAGCAGAGUUGGUCAGGAUGCACAUACUGCAAGAGACUGGAGCAGAGCCCUCAUUACAGGCCACCCAGAUGAAGCUGAAGAGGGCCCGGCUGGCCGACAACCUGAAUGAGAAGAUCGCCCAGAGACCCGGCCCCAUGGAGCUGGUGGAGAAGAACAUCCUGCCGGUGGAUUCCAGCCUUAAACAGGCCAUCAUUGUGGGCCAGGUGAAUUAUCCCAAGGUGCUGGAUGAAGAUAGCUGUGAUGCCCUGUCCCCAGAGCAGCCAGGCAGCCAGGAGUCUCAGAGCUCUGCCCCCUCACCAGGGGAGAGCAGAGCACCAGAGACGCCCUCUUCAGCUCUAGCACCACAGCCACCAUCCAGCACCGUGAUGCAGGCCCUCCCAGUUGCUACACAAGCAACAACAGAUUUUGUGAAAGUGAUCUCUACCAAUGAGAUUCCUGCCAGCCGCCCAGCUGUCACUUCUGCUCCCUCUAAACCAGGCCCAACACUGGUGAAACAAAGCCAGCAGAAGACACCCUCGGAGAAGAGUCGCAGUAAGAAGGGCAAAGAGCCAAAGCCCAAGGUGAAAAAGCUCAAAUACCACCAGUAUGUUCCUCCAGACCAGAAGCAGGAGGCCAGUGAAGCACCCAUGGACUCUUCUUAUGCCCGACUAUUGCAGCAACAGCAGCUGUUCCUCCAGCUGCAGAUCCUCAGCCAGCAACAGCAGCACUACAACUACCAGACUAUAUUACCAGCACCACUUAAACCUGUGCCAGAGGGUCAGAGCAGCACUGCCAGCAGCCUGCCAACCUCCAUCGUGGUGUCUUUACCCACUGCCCCUCCACCUCCCCCUCUGCCUUCAGCUCCAGCUCGGCCAACCAAUACGCUGUCUAACCGCAAGCCUGGGGUCUUGCCUGCCAACCUGGAGGAGAUGAAGGUGGCGGAGCUAAAACUGGAGCUAAAGCUGCGUGGCCUUCCUGUGUCAGGAACAAAGACGGAUCUGAUAGAGAGACUGAAGCCUUUCCAGGACAAUCCCAGCGGCUCUGCUCCUACCACCAUCACUCCCUCUGCCACUACCACCUCCGUCUCCAUGGAGGUCACGACCCCUGCCAUAGUCCUCCCGGUCCAGCAGAUGGCUCCAGAAAGCAUGAGCUCCACGCCACCGGUCUCACCUAUCCAAACCGAUUCAUCCACGCUUCAGCAGGAUGUAAGCAUGUCUGAGGCUCCUUCUGAUGCUCAAAUGGUGAGCUCUGGCUUAGCAGGUCCACAUUCCUCACCUGUCCCGUCUUUUCAAGUCCCGGAGGAAAAGGACAGGAGGCUCCAUGAGAAGGAGCGGCAGAUAGAAGAGUUGAUGAGGAAGCUGGAGCAAGAGCAGAGGUUGGUGGAGGAGCUGAAGAUGCAGCUGGAGGUGGAGAAGAGAGGCCAGGGUGGCUGCACUGCAGACGCUGUAUCUCCCAAACUCACCUCUGUACCUGCUAUGAAUCCUGCCCCUACUGUGCUGAAUUCAAAUGUAGUAAAAAUGGAGGGUACAGUCCUGUCAAACUGUUCAUCCACUACAUCUACAAUCCCAAACUCUGUCCUGGGCUCCCAGGCUCUCACAAGCCCCCUACCAACAGUGGUGAAGCUGGAGGAUGUGACUGUUUCUUCUGGCAAGCCAAUCCAGCUCCAGACACCAACCCAGCUCAUCACCCAGAUCCAGUCCCAAGCCCAGCCCCAAGUAACCACCAGCCCGCAGCUUCUCCCCCAGUCACAGAGAAGUCCCAAACUUCAGACCCAGCCCCAGUCCCAACCUGCAGUGCCUAGCCUGCAGCAGUUUUUCAUCAGCCACACGGGAGGUGUCUCCCAAGUGCUGGGUCAGCCUCAGACCCUAUUAACCACAUCUGGCCAAACUCAGACUCUGCUGACCACAGCUGGCCAGGCUGGAACUCAGAUCCUCCUCCCAGUUUCACUACCCAACAACGCUACUGCAAUCCAGCUGCCAAGCACCACUGUCAGCCUGCAGCCUGUUCUCCAGGCCACAGUCUCAAAUCCAGGCCUGGUACAGGCCUCAGUUCCUCAGAUACAGAGCACUAAGAUGGAGAUGGCUCCCAGCCAGCAGUUAGCCAACCACAACCAAUUACUACAGACUCUGACUGUGUGCAAUAAUACCACUGGUUUGGAGAACCAGGUUAGAUCUGAGAUGAAUCCCCAGUGUUUCCUCAGAAGCUCCCCAGAGAACAGGGUCUCUCCAGGGGCUUCACCCAACCACCACAUCUCCAACGGGCCCCUUAAUAAGUCUUCUUCUUCCCAGCCUACCUUUAUCCUCCAGCACACCACUCUUACUACUCAGCCUCCAAAGACAAGAGAGCCUCCCCGCUAUGAGGAGGCUGUCAAACAGAGUCGUAACAUGCAUGUCAACAAUGUUGCACAGGUUCCCACGGCAACCAGCCAGCAAAUGGAUGACUUGUUCGACAUCCUCAUAGAGAGUGGAGAAAUCACACCAUUUAUCCAGCAGGACCCUCCAGUGUCUCUCAGUAAGACCCUUCCAGUCACAGCCAAUGUCACUACCCUGCCUGUCAACACUGCCCUCUCCAGACCACCUCCGCAGAUCCAUCUGGCUCCUCCACCCACCCUGAACCCUGUCAGCGACCCCAGCCUGCCCAGCCUCUCUUCUCUGGCCACAGACAAUCAGCUGGAGGCCUUUCUGGAGAGGACACUGGCUGAAACGUCACCAGCUUCAGACCUGCGCACACAGGGCCUGAUGGAGGAGCUGCAGGCCCAGCUGAUGGACCAGCAGCCCUACUCACCCAUGGACACAUCAGACCUGUCUUUCUGUGAUUCCUCCUCACCACCUUCCUCACUUAAUAUGGGCCUGUCUGACCCAGCACUGGACAAUAUGGAGUGGCUGGACCUCACCAUGCCCCCAGGUCCUGCUGGGGCACUCACGCCACUGGGGAUCCCAACAGACUUCCUGGAUACACAAGACCUGCAGCUGCACUGGGACUGACGGCGCGUUGGAUAAGGAAGAUGGAGGAGAGUCGGCUAAGCGGCAGAGCCAGGAGUGAGAGAUGGAAGGAUUGGAGGGAAAAAGAAUGGGACUGACGACCGCAAAGAGGUUGAGUUCAAACAUUUUAAGUAAGGAAAGAAAAGGAGGAGAAAACAUGGCCUUUCUGUGCCAUAUUUUUCUUUAACAGUACAUCCAUACCAUCUGUAAUAUUCCCACUAUACCACAGGAAGAGACGGUGCAUGGGCUUUGCACUGAUUAAGCUGAACUACAAGCAGGAGUUUGCACAGCGUUAAAAGAGGGCCUAUUACGGCGAAGCAGCCAGAAACAUGUCGUCACGAAGGUGAUUGUGAUAAAGGGAUUUUAAACAGUUGACAUUUUCAUUGCCUGAUGUCAGUGAUUUUAAUGAUGAUUUACAGAAAGGAGGAAGCAAAUGAAAGCUUUUAGCAUGGACUGUUUGUAAAUACUGUUUAAAUCACACUAAUACAAUUUGACUUUCUCUCGGUCAGAGAGGCUGAGUUUUACAGAUGGCUGAGAUUACCCAGUUAUUUCUUCUAGAGCUUUGACUGAUUGGCUUUCAGUGACUGCUGCGUCUAUUUUACUGUGUAAGCACAGUAACUAAAUGUAUAAAAAGGUUCCUAGAUACUUCUGUAGGUGGUGUGAAGGCCUGUGUUCCGCUGAGGCACACUGUUCCAUACAAGGCUAUAAAUGUCUAAACGACACAGGCUACAGAUUAAAUCUAGCUGUGAUGAAAACAUUGAAAGGAGAUUAGCUUCUCAGUAAAGAUGCAUCUGAGUCUUUUCUGGCGACACAGGUCCUUCUAGGAUGUAGGUGCAGCCUCAGCUACUGACCGCUUCACCUGGGAAAACUUAGACUAAACCAGUCUGAGUGCUCUGAGAAGUUGCUUCAGCCUGUCUGAGGUGCUGGACAGUCAAGUCCGUCUGUCCCCUUUAUUAUUUGAAGCCAGACGUGCUCAGUCAGUCACCGAGCCAAGUUUUAAAACUUCCCAGCGGAGAGGAUGUCGAGCCUCUGUUCACACUGGUCCAGUCUACCACAUACUGUAGAUUACAUGUUUGCUGACUAAUCUGAUAUGCUGUAUCGGAUGUGACUGUUUCCUUCUGACCCAUCAUGACCGCUCCGGUCAAGCUGAUGAACCAAUGACUCUAAAGGACAAAAACUCCGACUCCAGUUGGCCGACGAGCGGAGGAAGCUCCUCCCAUCUAUGUGAGAGCUAUGCACUAAAAAGGCGACGAGAUCUAACGGCGCGCCUCAUUCACCUCAGAACAAGGAAAUGUGAACUUUGCAUAUCCAAGGUGAUCGUUAAUAUGAAGUGAUCAAUAUUGAUUGUUAUCAGCAUAAUGAUCAUGUGGCCAAUUGCUCCAGAGAUACUGCAGUUGUUGUCCAAGUCUCUUAUUUUGAAUGUACUUUUGAAAAGAUCAAAAAAAUAGGACUUUACUUACAAAGUUGGCAGCUUUUUUUUUCUUUUGAUAGUAAACUGACAUAAAACAGUGGAAAGGGAACAAAUAUCAGUUUAUGAGACAUUCAGACACACAUCCAUGUGAGGUGUGACCUGUGUGUGUACGCUGCAAGUUAUAUCAAGAAAGAUGUCUUUGGGAAAGAUGAGCUUUAUAUUCAGCUGUCCUACAGUAUCCCUGCACUUUGUCUGUGUGCGUGUGUGUGUGUGUGUACGUGUGUGUGUCGGUGUCAGAGUGGGAAAUUACUACAACACUAGCCAACAAACGUGAUAGUUAAACUACCCUGUAGCCGUUAAGUUAGUCUGCUUUACCAGCCCAUUUACCAAGAGACCAAACAUCAAUUGGAGGAGUCGUUAUUCUGAAGUAACAUUUGGCUGGUGAAACAGUCGAACUUGUGAUUCAUCAGCUACGGUGGCCUGUAGACAAAGUUAGUUUCCUGACAAUGUGGGUGUGUGUGAGAAGCAAGAACGCAUGUUGAUUUAUGUGUGUGUGUGUGCACGUGUGUACACGCGUGGAUUUGUCUUCCUGUCUCUUGCAUGUACAUCUGUGCGUGUCUCCGUGUGCAUGAUUGUAUUCAAGUUUAAUCUUGGGCUGUUUCUCAGCCGUCGCUCCCUCGAGUUAUCUGAGGAAAAUUGCUAAUAUCUAUUAAAAUCAAAUCGUUCGCUCUCCAGUUGGCAUAUUCCAAACUUUACUCUUCAAAAGGCUUCUGAUGACUGUUGUCCUGUUUGUAUCUGUGUUGUUCAGUCAGUGUAAUACAGUCAAAAACGCACAGACACCUUUGAGGUGUGAUUACGCCAUGAAGAGAGGGCCUUGCUCCUCUUAAAGCCGUCAUAAAAUUCUCCAUAUUGAUUUUUAAUGGAUCCCAUCAUAUCCCACUCACUGUUUCUUUUCAAACCUAAAUACAGAGUUACAGAUUUAUUAUCUCAGUCUGAAUAUUCUUUUGGGAUUGAUACAGACUGGCUGUAACGGCACUUUGAAAUAAGAUCCCUUUUGUUUUUUUUCCUUUUUUAUUUUCCAGUCAUGUUCGUGAACUUACAUUUUAACCACUUUAUUGUGUUAUUACGUCCAUGGGCACUAGAGGGCGUUCGCUCUCCCAUUGUGGCAUGACGGCACAUUUUCAGUGGCAACUGUUGGUGCUUCAGGGUCAUUUCUAGCAGAAGGUAAAGUAAGUGGGGCUGUUUUUAUUUUUGUUUGUUUUUUUUCUUGCAUUUGAAAGAAAUGCAUUUUCUGCCUGUAUAAUGCUGAUUUUCAGUUCACAUCAGCAAUAAUGUGGAGAUCUGAGCAAAAUGACUAGGAGAGCCCUUUAUGUCUACACUGUCUUGUCAAUGAAGUGUGACGCUCUUACUGCUGCAGUUACACAUUUAUCAUCAGAUCAGGUCAAGACACUUGGAUGUACCCAAGUCCAGUAUGUUUGACCUCCUGAAACACUUGCGCCAAAUACUGCACAGACCUGCUUCUGGGCUUUAUGUUCCCGCUGUACCUGCUAGCAGGUCUAGUUGUAUUUUAGUUGUAUCUCUUUUUUUCCUCACAUUGCUUCGAGUGUUAAUUCCUACAUAGGAUGAACAGAAAGAGUCACUAGUUGAUUUAUGUGUAUCCUAGAAGAGAUUAUGAGUUAAUUGUGUAUUGUUUGUUUUGUUUUUGUUUCUUCAGUCUUCAGCUUUAAGGCGACCACAUUUAAAGGUAGGAGGUAAAGUGUAAGGGAAAAAACAUUUAAUCUUGUUUUCAUGCUUGUGUAAAAUCUGUAAGAUUUCAUGUGUAUAUUUUUGGUUUGCAGAGUUUUUUCUUGUUUUCUUUUUCAUUUUAUUUUGCAUAUCAGACAUACACAAACCUCUUGGCUGCAGUAAAUCUACACACGAUUUACACUCGAUGAUGUGACACCACUUACCAUUGGCCGUUGUGGUUGCUGACUGGCCAGACAGGGACAGCUAAAAGCAAUAAUGGCUGCUCUCCCUUGAUAUACUGUACUGUAUGUCAAAUCCUGCCUUGAUUUUAUUCAUGUACAAACCUUUAGUGCGUACAGAGUAAUACAUUAGUCUAUAAGUUCAAAAGCACUUGAUGUGUGAGUGGUUCAGUGAGGGUUUGUCUGACGUUAGAGGUUCGUGGAAGCUCCGUCAGUCAGGCUUCCACAUACUGACCUCAGCUUUCCGGCUCCUGCUCGUCCUCAUUCACCUGCACCGUUUAUCAUCAUGUGAACAUUGUACGUUGUUUGGGUGGAGAAGCUGAAUUUCAGAACAGAGCUCUGUACAAGACGUUUCAUUAUGAUAUAAAUGUGUUUUGGGCACAUUAGUGGAAGCACAGAUGAGGCACUGAGGUUCUCCACCCUCAUCAGCUGAUUUACAGUCUUCUUUGUAGCCGAGUCUCCUCUCUGUCUCCACCAUACAUGCCAUGCCUCUUGUUGUUUGUAAUGCCAUAAUGUUUUGCACAUUGUGUAUAUAUUUAUAUAGAUGUAAUGCAUAUUUUUAUACAUGUGUAACAUCCAUGGGCUCUCUAUUUUGUAAAUACUCAAAAAGAUGUAUAUAUAAGUACUGUAUGCCUUUAUGUGUCAAUAAAAUUUGGUGUAC